AUGCCUUCUCGGAAGUCAGCUCCUGCCACAGAGGUGCCGGUGAAGGUGCCACAGCCUACCUCAGAUGUUCCCUCCGACAAAUCUGCCACCGCCGAACCGGCUCAAACCACAGAUGCUGCAACAGCGAGUGGCCCUGUCGAGACCGUAUCAGCGGAAGCCAAGGAGCCGGAAAAGCCCGUGACUGAACCUCAAGCUGCGUCAGCCGUUGAGAUCAAGAAAGAGAUGAAUGGCCCAGCAACUGCUCAACCAAAGAGCAACGGGACAGCCUCUGCCGACAAGAAGUCAUCUGUCGCAGAGUCCAAGAGCAAGCAGGCCAACAAGAGGAAGUCCACGUCGAAAAUCACUCAUGUUGAUGCCCAACCGGGCGACUACUAUCUAGCCAGGGGCAGAGGGUUUCGCCCUUGGCCGUGCAUCAUCGCAGAUGAAAGCAUGCUUCCUGAGAAGCUCAUCAACACCAGACCCCCCAGCACCAAGCAGAUCGAUGGAACCUACAAUGAAGCCUACGCAGAUGGCGGUAAGAAAGUGGAUGAGCGAACAUUCCCCAUCAUGUUCCUCAGCACAAAUGAAUUCAUGUGGAUUCGCAAUACGGACCUUACUGCAUUGACGCCCGAUGAGUGUAAGGACGUGUCUACAAGGGGCAGAGCUAAACCACUGCUUGCCGCAUACAAGAUUGCGGCUGAGGGUCACGAUUUGCAAUUCUUCAAGGACAUUCUUGACGAGCAUGCUAUGGCUUUGCAGUAUGAACUCGAUAUGAGGGAGGCGGAAAAAGCUGAAAAGGCCUCCAAUCCUGAUAAGAGGAAGCGCAAGAGCGAGGUCAAAGUGAAGACUGAGGAUGCAAAGAUGGAAGACACCGACGUUGACGUUGAGCCCAAGGAAGCGUCCAAAAAGCGCAAGAUGGAAAUCGACGAGACGGGAGACGCUGAUGUCAAUUUCGAGCCCAAGAAAGCGUCGAAAAAGCGCAAGGUGGAAGUCGACGAGAAGGAAGACGCUGAUGUCGAUGCCGAGCCGAAGACAUCGCCGGACAAAGCCAUUACGAUCCUCGACUCCGAGGCAAACGACUCCGAUGAGGACUGGUGA